UCACGACGAAACCGGUAGUCCGAACCCAAAACCCACAGUCCCACACCGCCCCCUCCAAGGUUCCAUUUCGCGUCGCCGGUUUCUUCAACUCCCGUGGUGGUCAAGCCCGAGCGCGCGGCAGGGUUUGAGUUCGAUGGCCACUUCCGGUGAUCAAUCGGCUGGCGGCGGCUCUGCGGCGAGGGUGACGAAGCUGAGGUACCCACUGAGGUCGGCGAGCAGGGGUAAGGCGGCCGCGCCCCCGGCGGCGGAUGCGCCUCCCACCGUCUCCGCUCCGAGAAGGGCAAGACAGCCUUCAGAUGUCAGCAAGAGCAUGUGUGUUCUUGACCUUUCUGUGAAGGAUAAAUCAGCCAAACCUCCACGGAGGCACUCAAUACAAACCAAGCCAGGAGCUAGUCCCAGGCCAACUCCUUCUGGAACUGUCACUCCGGUGUCUGGGGUUCGGUCAAGGAGAUUGGACAGCCAGGGGAGGUUUGAUACUCCGACAUCAGAAAUGUCCAUGCCCACUGCAAGGCGCAAGUUCAGCACACUGUCCUCAAUCUCAUACUGGAUGACACAGAUCAGGCUGGCAGAGGCUGCUUCCAAGCACUCGGUGUCUCUAGGCUUCUUUAAGCUUGCUCUUGAAUCAGAAUGCGAGCCUGUGGAUCGGAUGAGGGAAGAACUCAAGUCCUACAUAGUCCGGCAUGGCCUGUCAGCAGAACUGGAGGACCCAGUGAAGGACAUUCUACAGGUUUAUGAUAUUGUGGAGGAUUUUGAGAAGCUGAAGAUCUCUGCAGGUCCCUCACAGCAACCAAAAAAGUCUGACAAGGCUGUUGUGCUUACUACCACCAAUGCGUCACCAAAUGGUAACCUGAAGCCAAGGUCACUGAACUCUGAUGCAACUCAAAAUAAGGAAGCUGGAAAGAAAGAGAACAUUCAGAAGAUAAAGCCUGAUGCAAAGGUCAGAGGCUCCUAUAACAGGAAUCCAGCCAAAAGCACCACUGCCAAGGAAGUAGUUGCCAAAAACACUAGUAAGAAAACUAAGAAACAGGCCAAGGGUCAGCAGGAAAUUUGCAGUGGAGAUAGUGAGGCUUUGGCAGUCCCUCCAGAUCAGGAGUCUGUCGAUGUGAAGGAGAUUACACAUGUAGAUAAAGAGAACAGGGGAUAUUCUGAAAUGGCUAUGGAUGCUGGAGUAGCCCAGGAGAUCUAGAACAGCCGGAUCGACUUCAGAUUCAAUCCUAUUUUAUCGCUGAAGAUGAAGUACCAGUGUGUGCUGCUUGUUUUGGUUUCCAUUGUUAAUAUGUUUCUGGAGCUUGUCUAUGUGAUUGCCAAACCGUAAACAGGUCUUUAAGAUUGUCUGCGUGAUUUCCAUACCUGCUUGUAUUCCUUUAUUAGGUUUGCAGCUUUGCAUGCGCUAGUCGUGCAUCUGAAUAUAGUUGAUUUUUUAUGUGUAA